AGUUUUGGGAAAAAUCGAGAGAGCAAAAUUAUCCUUCGAUUGAGUGAGUGCGACCGGAAUUUUAUCAGAAGGCGGGCAAAAUGGCGGUGAAACAGCCAUGCGGUCCGGCUGCGACGUUGAUGCUCAACGAUGCGCUGACCAGGAUCAUUUACCGCGAUGGCAGUCGGGGUCUGCGCCACGAGAAGGAGCAGGGCUUGGCGCCGAUGGGAACCGAAUCGGUUUUCGGUGAUUUUCCCACAGGCUACGGGUCGGUGAAGAAGAAACCCUACUACGAAAAGCCGCAAAAGUUCGUCAAGACCACCGAUGGUAACAAACCACCGCCCCGCGCGGGUGCCACCGACCGACGACCCGUGAGCCUCACCGAGUUCCGCCGAUUCUACGAUCGAGGAGACCUGCCAAUCCAAAUUUUCCAUGGCGCAGCAGGCGGCAAAAUCGCGUGGAAGGUAUGAUACUUUUUUCAGGACAAGGGGGUGUAUUGUACAACUUUAAGUGGCUGCUGUACUUAAGUAGGUACCUGCGCCCGUCGAAGAUCUUCUUCGGUAUUUAGGACGUGCUCGUACUGAUAGCACCAAAGAGGCCUCGAUAUCGGGAUGCGAAUUACUAUAGCAUGAUGUGAAAAAUACAAACUGAACAGGUCGAAAUUGAGAAGCUGGAUUACCACCACUACCUGCCGUAUCGCCAGAAAAAACUGUUUCACUGUAAACUUGUAAUGGCAGGAAAUGAAAUGCAUUUCACAACUGUUUGUCUUGCUACGCAUGCAAGACAGUGGAUUUUCAGCUGUGUUUUCCCUUAGGAACCUUGCAUGGCAAAUUUUCUCUGUCAUGUAGAACAAACUUGUGAUGCAAAACCUGCAAAAUCUUUACAGUGAAGCAUCUUUUUCGUACGAUAUGCCGAUUUUCGUGGACGGCCUCCGCGAACGGGAAGAUCCCUACCGAUUUCUGGCGGUGCAAGGCGUGUACGACAUGCUCGAGAAGGGCGGAUCGAAGAUCUUACCGGUAGUGCCGCAGUUGAUCAUCCCAAUCAAAACGGCCUUGAACACACGGUGUGAGGAGAUCGUGUGCACAACGAUCAAGGUCCUCAUCCAGCUCGUGCUUUCCGCGGACAUGAUCGGGGAAGCGCUCGUGCCGUACAGAAUUGGAUUGCGAAAUUGCUUCUACUCCGCAGGUCUAUCUUCAUGCGUCUAAAAAAAAAAGAGGAAACAAGAAUUUGUGAAUCCGCCCGUCGUUUUCGAUAAAAUUGAAAAACACAAAACGUCUCAGGUACUACCGUCAGAUUCUGCCAAUUUUCAACAUCUUCAAGAACCACCAGAAGAACCAGGGGGACCAGAUGGACUACGGACAGCGGAAGCGUUUGAAUCUCGGCGAGCUGGUCAAUGAAGCUUUGGUAUUGAGAGGAAAAAUCCCCCCUCCCCAUAUCGAAAAGGUAUCUUUCCGAAAAUUUCUGUUGCUGAUUUGUGGCCACGAAUCACAUUUGUCUUGCAAGAAGACAAGGGCAGAAGCUUCCGCCCCAUUAUGGAAGCGAUUUGUCAUGCUGUUGGGCCUAAAGGUCAGCCGUUUGCAAUGCUGACCAACUAGAUCCAUACGCCCCUCCCUAGCCUGGGGAUCUGGCCGUAAUGCCUUCCUGCAAUACAGUUCUGAUUUGUGUACGCAAAUCCAGCAUCACAGAUUCAGCUCCGCGAAGACCAUCAACUAAAGGGAACCCCAUACAACACCAGACCUAGGUGGAGCGUUCGUUCAUCGCUGAAGCUUUAGAAUAAAAAUGUACCAAGCAGCGACAUAGAAUAACAUUGUACCUAAUGAGCUGCGUUGCUGCCUAGUCCCCUGGUAAUAGUAAACUCAAAAAAUGAAAACAUCGACCUGGUAUUUCUAUUUUCUCACGGACCCCUUCCUCAGACCAAUUUUCGUGCGAAAGAAGAAAAAUCGUCACUCGUGAAAUCGUAAGCGUUGCAUUCGAAUCGUAGACAGGCUCGUAGUUGUUCCUUCGUUCUCGAAACAGGUGGUGCUUGGUUGCUUUCGGUCUUUUUCCCAAAAAAGAAAAACCAUCAACAGGGACAGGGUGAAACUGAGGAAGGAGGAAGAGGAUGAUGUAAAGAAUAGAGUGCAGAUUUUCCUCUAAGCUGUGUGGCGUUUACAAGUGUAAGAAGACAGAUUUCCAAGGAUUUUGUAGGAAAGUACACUAAUAUUGAAAUGCUAGCACUACAGAAGCGAAGGGUCUUCUAGUCUUACUUAUCAAUGUCGUAUUGCACUGAUAGUUUCCUUCUUUAUCCACGGACUUUUACUGUGUUUACUCUCAAAGGAAUUGAUGCUAAAUAUCCGGACUGUAGAAUGUGAUUGUAGAUGUUGAUACAUGGAUUACAAGAUGUAUGGGCAAGGUGUCACUGCGUAACUCUCCGCCACGUUGGCGAGUGAAAAGCUCGUUGCUACUGCCUCGGCCGAAAUGGAUAGAAAGUGAAAAGAUUGUGGAUGGAGAUGCAGAUCGCGGUUUGCAAAUGUGGACGCAGGUCGGGAAUGGCGAAGAGGAAAUGAAGAGGAGGGGAGCAGCAGCAUUUAUCCAAAAGGUAGGGCCUAAGGCCACGGGAACGCCGAGCACACCCGC